AUGGGCGCCAUUUUCUGCGCACUCCUACGCCUUGCCUUGGUCCACGUUAUCCUCAUCUGGGGAACCAACAAUAUGGCGGCGACGUUCAGACAUACGCACCAUUUCACCCCGGAGGAGAUCCGUCGCAGAGAGAUUGCGAGCAAGUUUGUCCUCGCCAAUAGAGUGGUCUAUAAUUCCUAUCUCUGGUUGCAAAAGCUGGUUCUACUUGAUACCUACCGCAGAUUGCACACCCACCUUCGCUGGGAGAAGGUCACGAUGAUCUCAUAUAUCGGCAUUUUCGCUGCGACAUAUGUAACUGUACAAAUAGUGACCUUCACGGAGUGCGAUCCGUUCAACCAUUACUGGAUCGUAUUACCGGAUCCUGGCACGUGUUGCCAGGCACAGCUUCAAUUAAUUGUCCUCGGCGUCCUCAAUGUCGUCACUGACGUUAUGCUUAUCGCCAUGCCAAUCCCAAUUUUGGUUAUGGUUAAACGGUCCGCUGUCGAAAAAUUCCAGCUAGCGGCUCUCUUCACCGUCGGCCUCUUCAUCGUCGCCAUCACAAUCGCUAGGUUACCUCAAAACGCCAAAAAUGCCACUGCACAGGUCAACAGAACGACUUGGGCGUCCAUUGAGUUACUCGCGGCCGCUGUUGUCGCCAAUGCUCCCGUGCUGUACGGGCUCUUGAAGGGAAAGAGGCAAAGGUCCAAGUACGCCGCAUCGGGAGCCGGAUCCGCUGGGCCGUCGUGGCGGGGACUUCCAAAGAGAUCAGCAAAUGAGUCCGAAUUCGAACUGCAAGGGGCUCAUCACAGUAGUAGAGGAUCUGUACUGGGCUCCAAGAUAUCCUCCAGGGAUUAUUUGGAGAUCGACAGCAAGAGCUGUCAGUCGUUGGAUCGAACCGGGGGAAAGUAG